GCCAAAUUGGCUUUGGUCGAGGCGAAAGACGCCAAUUGGUUGAAAUUGUUGGGCGGGCUGCCAAAGCGUGCCGCCGCCUGAUGGCACAUGGCGCUGCAUUCCGCCAUACCUACACCGCAUCAUCUACAAACACAGCGGCCAAGGGUCGGACGACGACACACUGGCAUUGCACAUAUGCAGACUUCGCGGCCUUUGAGGACAGCAUCCACGCUUUGCAAAAGGCAGAGGAGGAUGUGGCAUCUGUCAGGAGGAAACUGGAGGAUAUGAUCAUCGAGGCUGGUACUCAGGCUGUUGAGCCGGAUGCGAGUGCUCGCAAAGGAGUCAUGCCGUCCGCCUCUACGAACUGGCUCGCGGAGCAGGGCCGUACCUUCGGCCCGCUGGACUGCGCGGCGAUGAACGCCUUCUCGGGGAAGCAGCGUGGUCACUUUGAAGCUUUCCGAUGCGCUUCCAACAGAUCUAGAUCCUCAUCCUUGAAGAUGCUGCAGGGCUUGUCUGGUUCGAUGGCCUUCCGCGAUUUCGAGAACGAUGAGCGGGGUGCCGUGGUGUGGCAGAGGCCUUGGCCGACGUGCUGCCUGGCCGUGCCGGUGCUGCACCCGGAGGGUGCACCGCGCCUGGCGUGGCUUACCCCGGCCUUCGUCUUCGUGCUCGCGGAGGCGUUCCUUGUACCCUUUAUGCUGUCCUUCUCUGUGGACACAGAUGAUGGCGCGACGGGACUUGCCUUCAAGCUAGUUGACCUGUACUUCUUGAUGGACAUCGUUGUUACCUUCGUCACAGGCUUUCGCGACGCGCGGGGCAACAUGGAGCUGAAGCCGGUGGCUAUUGCGAAGCACUAUCUGGCAGGCUGGUUCGCGCUAGACGCCGUCGCCGCGAUCCCCUGGAGCUGGAUUGGUGACACGUCGGUGGCGCAGGUGACCCGUGGCCUGAAGGUUGUACGCCUCGCGCGACUGGCGCGACUCCUGCGGCUGGCGAAGCUGCGGGCAAUUACUGAGGCCGCGGAGACUUACAUGGAAGGAAGAUAUGUUGCAGAGCUGCUCAUGGGAUUUGGCAAGGUGCUGCUGCUUCUUUUUGCAGUUGCUCAUUGGUGUGCUUGCUUCUGGCAUGCGGUGGGUACUUCACAAGAAGGUGGCUGGGUCUCUGAGCUUGAGAAGGGCUAUGAAGGCGACAACCUCAUCUAUGCUCGGUAUACGUGGUCGCUGUAUUUCACGCUCACCACGCUUACCACUGUCGGGUAUGGAGACAUUACGCCUAGGACGACAGAUGAAUGCCGCUGGGUGCUACUUUUGCUCCUCACCUCGGCAGUGAUCUUUUCUGGACUGCUGGGAAUGCUGAGCGACCUGGUGGCCAGCGUGAAUAAGGAGCACCGCAUCAUUGGCCUGAAGAAGCGGCAGCUGGCCAGGUACAUGACAUGGCGAGCUAUACCGCGGAAUCUGCUGGUCAAGGUGCGUCGAUUUUUCUUGUUCAAGUGGGGAGCGCAGAAGGAUUACGACCUGUAUGAGGAGGAGUUGAAGCAAAAACUUACGCCGACGUUGAGGUCUGAGCUUUGCUUCCAUAUCUUCAAGGACGUGCUCCAUGCGGCGCCUUUCCUCGCGUGGAUGCGGGGCUACAAGGCCUGUUUGAGGAAUCUCGCGGUGAGUGUAAGAUCGGGCUUCCAUGACUCUGGGGACUUUUUGCUGAGGGCAGGCGAAGAGAUCAAGGACGUUGUGAUCCUUCUUGCGGGAACCGCGGUGCUGUACAGGCGAGAUGCUGAUGCUGAGCAGUGCGACCAAGAAGACGAAAUUUGCCCGGAAGAGGAAGGGCUCGUCCAGCGUGCGGUGACACAGCACAGUAAGAUCAGCAGGGCUCAGCGUUUCAAGCAGCUCAUUCUGCACAGGCACGUCAAGCGGCAGACUACGGGGACGGCACUCGUUAGCUCUCGCACCGAUGAAUUGGAGACCCAGUUUUUUGGAACAUGCUACAGCGAGAACAUUGCCAGAGCUGUCAAAGAGCUGAAGCGCCAGGAUUCGGUGCAACGUCGGGCAGCCGCCUUCAUUCAAAGUGCUUGGAGAGAUCAUAUAAAGUCCAGGAGAAAUGAGGGGCUUAAAUUUGGGCUGCUCAGGGUCGGCGGAUAUCCACUAGAUGCUCCGGCAUACUUUGGUGAGUCCUGCCUUUGGGCACCAUACAGUACUUGGAAGAGGCGAGCAGCAAUCCACAGAUAUACAGUGCGGUGCAAGACGCAGGUGGAGGUCGUAAGUGUCCCCAGAUCAGCCAUUGGCCAGUGCAUUGAGAAGUUCUCCCCCUGGCUUCAGAACCGCUUCGAAGUCUUUCAAAGCGCUGUCCUUGCGGAUGCGGUGAUCCAGGAGAGAGGAGGAGGGUGUGGUGCAGGAGGUCUCCGAGCGCGACAUUCGUCGCGUCAAAUCAGCAAAGUCUAACUUCAUGGGCUUUGAUGCGGUGCGCUCCGCACAAGUCGUGCCUUCAGCCCCUGAAGACGCUUGCACACAAAUGAAGCUGUGACUUGCCGGGCGUUUGCGGACGAGAUGCCCACGUUUCGAUUCAGUUUCCGCGGUUUCCAGCAAAUGCUGGAGUUUCCCCGAGUUGGGUCGCAUUUGUUGCUUUUUGUUCGGCGAUGGUUGACUCCGGACCCGAGAAGCUCAUUAGGGAGUGUUCAAGAGGAGCAUUCCCUGCAAAACUUGGAUAAGCAAAGUGCUUUCCUGCCAGAGGCAGGCGGAAGCGAACGCAGAAGCAGC